AUGUCUGUAGCGGGCUUGAAGAAACAGUUUUACAAAGCCAGCCAGAUGGUGAGUGAGAAAGUCGGAGGUGCUGAAGGAACUAAACUAGAUGAUGACUUCAGAGACCUGGAACGGAAAGUAGAUGUGACGAGUAAAGCAGUAGUGGAGGUAAUCUCCAAAACAUCAGAGUACCUCCAGCCCAACCCAGCAUCACGGGCCAAACUGUCCAUGUUGAACACCAUGUCUAAGAUCCGUGGUCAGGUGAAGAACCCAGGCUACCCUCAGGCCGAGGGGCUGCUAGGGGAGUGUAUGGGAAAGUUUGGACGGGAACUCGGAGAGGAGACUAACUUCGGCGGAGCGCUAGUAGAUGUUGGAGAGGCCAUGAAGAGAUUGGCGGAAGUCAAAGACUCCCUAGAUAUCGAUGUCAAACAGAACUUCAUUGAUCCAUUGCAAGGGCUCUGUGACAAGGACCUCAGAGAGAUACAGCACCACCUGAAGAAGCUUGAAGGCCGUCGCCUGGACUACGAUUACAAGAAAAAGCGUCAGGGCAAGAUCCCUGAUGAGGAGGUUCGACAGGCCCUAGAGAAGUUUCAUGAGUCAAAGGAAGUGGCCGAGACAAGCAUGUACAACCUGCUGGAGACCGAUAUAGAGCAGGUGAGCCAGCUCUCCUCCCUGGUGGAAUCCCAGCUGCAGUACCACAGACAGGCUGUGCAGGUGCUGGAGGAGCUUUCUGACAAACUCCGAGACAGGAUGAAUGAGGCUCAGGCUCGACCAAGACGUGAAUACACACCUAAACCCAAACCUAUCUUUGACUUUGGAGACGACAACCAUUCAAAUGGCGGCUACUCAUCCUCAAUGGCCCUCCCACCUUCAAGGAACUCUCCCCCAGACCAGCCAAGCUGUAAGGCGCUGUACGACUUUGAGCCAGAGAACGAGGGAGAGCUGGGCUUCCAUGAGGGCGACAUCAUCACCCUGACCAAUCAGAUCGACGAGAACUGGUACGAGGGCAUGCUAAAAGGCCAGUCGGGAUUCUUCCCUCUCAACUACGUCGAGAUCCUCGUUCCGUUGCCACACUAAUGUGUAUAUAUAAAGAGAGCAAGACAGCCAAGGAGGAGACUGACGGAGAGGAGGAGAGAGCAAGUAGAGUUAGUAAAGAGGAAGGAAAGUGAAGCCCAGGGAUGGUCUGCAGAAUAUUCAUUUUCACCUUCAGCUCCAGCAUCAUCAUCGCAGACUUUUUGUCAUCUGGAGUUUUGGAGAAGACGGUCACAUUUCAAAGUCCAGACCAGAAUAUCGACCUGUUCUACCCAAAGGUAAAAGGAUCUAAGAUGGACACAAAAUGUCAUUAUCCGUUAUCCCGCUGUCAGAAACAUUUCUUGAGGAUUAACUGAGCAAUAUUUUUCUUAAACCACAAAUUACUUAUAUGGUUAAAAGACAAUUCGUAUUAAAUCUGAUGAUUAUGGUGGCUGUUGUGACACAUUCAUAUCAUCCUUUUUGUGUGACAGCAGUCUGUUUAAAACUCAGGUUGGUUAACGGUCACUUUUCAGACUGAAGACGCCAACUCGAGCCUUGAAGUAAAUAUCACGUGUAACUUGACUGAAUAUUCUCAUAUUCUCAUUUCAAAACUCAGAGCUUUUUUUUGUGCACCGAACAAACUGGAGCCCGUCUCUUGAUGCCAUCUGCUGGCAAGAUGGAGAAUUACUUUUACCUAAACUCAAACAGAUCUACACAUGACUAGAAAUGUAGUUUACCUAGUUGUUAAAAAGAUUUUAAUGAGAACCGUGGGCUGAAAUUAGCCUCAGAUUUGUGAUUAGAACCGUUUUUCAGGUUUUGGCCCAUUUGUAAUGCUCUUUUUAAAGAUCUGGGUCUUAGCUGUGCACUGAUGAUAGCUCCAGGAGACAACAGGCCGGAUAAAGUAGUUUCCUUUGUAUUGUCGCAGUAUUUGAUUUUAUGUUAGUCUCAACCAACCACAGUAGUUUUUAAGAGUAGAACUGCUUUACCGAAUGUGUGAAAAUGUUGUAAUUGCACCUUGGUCUUCAAAAGAGAUUGACGUGUGUGUGUGACAGACUUACUCCACCAUUACACAUAGACCCAAAGUUAAAUGCAGACGUUGCACCUUUUUGUCACUUAAGGCAGGCGUGUGUUUGUUGUCUAGAGAUGGAGAAUUAUUAUUUGUUUAGUGGGUGUCUGCUAGUCUGUUCAAUAGAGGAGACAGAGCCAAAAAGUCUUUGAAAAAUGCAAUAGAAACAUAUCUAUAACUAUUCUGUAACAGCCAUAUAUUCAUUUAGUUUUGGGCUUGUUUGUCUUAGCAUGUUACGCCUUUUAUUCUGUCCUUUGACCCCUGUUCCAGGCGCACGUUAACUCCGUGCAGUGCCUGAUUAGGUGACGCUGCAGGCAGCGACUCAGUCUUUCAUAAUUAUCACUAACUGGCCCUUUUGUCUUUGAGAAUGUGAAAGUCAUUGAUGCUUUGCAACUUAUUCUGACCCUGUGACUCUGAUGGUUUGCAACGGCUCUGAUUCAAUUGAUUUGUUAGUACAUCAGUAGACAGGUGUCGUUCCUGUUUAGUUAAUGUGUGUAGACAAGGCCGGUUCCUUGUUCUGGAUUUAGUUCCAGUCCACACUGUACAGUUUGAGGGAAAGACCUGGAGUGAAAGGGAAAAACAUCAAGGGAAAAAAUAAGUGUAAGCUGUCCAUUUUGAUUAAUUUGGGAUUACCAAACAUUAAUCUUUACCAAACAGUUACCAUCAGUCCGGGGGGGACUGUUCAUCACUCCAUGCUUCCAAACACCCCCCUCCUGAGUUUGGUCCUUGUCUAAUAUGUUUACAUCUCUGAUCUUACUACAUUUCAAUGUUUGUAUCAAGUUCAGGGCAAAGUUAAAGGACUAAAGGAGGUGCUGUCUGGAUCACACUGUUAUCAAAACAAGUCCUUGCUAGAUAAGUUUUAGUGCCUUUGGAAAAGAAAGGAGGGGAAGUACUGCAACUAACACAGCAACCAAAACCUAACCUAGCUACUUAAGAACAUGGUUAAGAAUUUCUUUUCUACUUUUGGUUUUAUUUCCAGCCAUUGGCACUUUCCUGUGUAGAGACGAAAUGCAUGCGUGCACAUUUCUGCACAUUUCUGACACUACAGGCAGUUUCCUGGACAUGUGUUGUUUAGACUAAUGUGAGGUUUGUCAGCAGAUCACCAGUGGAAACUGUUGGGGGUUUUUUUGUUGUAGAUUUUAAUCCAUGUUUUAAAAUAAGUGUCCCAAUGAUUUCUUUUUUUUAAAGGGCUAUAUAUUUGUUUAAUCAGUCUUAAAUGCUCCUUUAAACAGCAUUAAAUCAUUCUGGCUCCCUAUAGUAUUAUUUUUUAUAUACAAGACCUUUAAACAUUUAAAUUAAUCUUUGCAUGUAGUCCUAUAUUACACCCCGUGAAUGUGUCUUAGAUAUAAGUUGCCUUUUUACUUUUGGUAUGAGUACAGAAUUUAACCAUAAUGUUUUGUCUUUUAUUAUCAAAGUAUUUGUACGUGCUUCUGUCUUGUCCCCUACCUCCCCCUUCUUACAAUAAAUAAUAAAGAAAAAUGUGUUAUUA